AUGGUGGAAUCAGGCGAUAUAAAGAAGACAAAUCUAGAUGUCAUCUAUAGGAUUGUCAAAUUUAUUAAUAAUAAUCCAAAGAGUAAAAUCAUUUUUAUGGUAGGUGCUGGAAUAUCUACCUCCUGUGGGAUCCCUGAUUUCAGAUCCCCUAAGACAGGUCUUUAUCAUAACUUAUCUAAAUUGAAUUUACCAUACGCAGAAGCUGUAUUUGAUAUUGAUUUUUUUAAAGAAAAUCCCAAGCCUUUCUACACGCUAGCACAAGAAUUGUACCCAGGUAAAUUUAAGCCAUCAAAGUUUCAUUUCUUAAUGAAGUUGUUUGAAGAAAAAGGACAUUUACAAAGAAUUUAUACUCAAAAUAUCGAUACUUUAGAAAGGCAAGCAGGUAUCAAUCCAAAAUAUAUUAUUGAAGCUCAUGGGAGUUUUGCUGCGAAUCACUGUACCAAAUGUAACAAACACUUCAAGAUGGAAUAUUUCAAGUCAAAAUUGUCAACUAAGAAAAUAACGGAUGGUGGUGUAGAAUUUGAUUACGCUAAAUGUGAUGAAUGUCAAGGGUUGGUUAAACCAAAUAUCGUGUUCUUUGGAGAAAAUUUACCUAAAAGAUUUUUUAAUACUUGGGAUCAAGAUUUGGAAAAAUUAGAAAGUCAAUCUGAUAGUAGUAAAAGUGACGAUUAUAUGAUUGUUGUGGCAGGAACAUCUCUUGAAGUUUAUCCAUUUGCCAGUCUUCCAAUAGAAGUCCCUGGUACUGUCUCACGAUGUUUGAUUAAUUUAGAUAUUGUUGGAGAUUUCAAAGAUAAUCCACGAGACAAAGAUUUAGUGUUUCAAGGUACAUGUGAUAAAGCAUCCCAAUUAAUUGUAUCAAAGUUAGGUUGGGAAGAAGAUUUAAAGAAAAUUUAUGAAAAUUUCGAAAUAGAAACAAUUACUUUAAAUACAGAAAUGUCUAAGAUUGUAUCAGAAAUGAAGAAUUUGCAAUUAUGUGAGAUUGAUUUUGAUAAAACUAAUAUCUUAGAUAACAAGCAAGAAGAGAAGAAAGAGAAAACCUAG